AUGCCCAAUGCAUGGGCCCAUGCACAGGCAGAGGCAGAACGUUUGAAAGAAGGGGCAUUGCCUAACCUGCCUUACAAGGAGGAGUACCUGAAAGUACUUGAGGACAUCAAUGGGGGGAAACUUGCAUACGAGGAUGUUCAAAAACCCAUGACAUCAGAGGAAGAGUACACUUCCCAGGUUAUUCUGGAUGGCAUUAUGGUUAAAAGGCACAAUCGCUUGUUGAAAGAGAUUGUCAGGGGACGGACCCCGGGUCCCCAUGACCCCUCUCCACAGUCCACAGUCUGGCCUGUAAACACAGCCCAUCUCAGGGCAUAG